GCUCGCAUGACCAACGUCAUGGGUGACCCCGCUUCUCGAGUGCUGGGGGGUGAUUGUGUGCGGGCAAUAAGUGGUUAUGCGACCGCAAUGGAUGGAUAGAUAUCGUACGUACGACUGCAGUUACAUACCGCCAUCACAGACAGUAGAAUACCCAGCAAGAAACUUUACCAACUAUGACCCGACCCGCCGCACUCCUCCUCGGCCGCAUCGACCACGCCCGCCCCGAAUGGGAGGCUUUGAGCGACAUUGCGGAGCUCCAGGAAUUUUCCAGCGGCACCCUCACCACCUUCCACGCCGCACUCUUAGCGGGCGCGUACUCCAACGUGGUAGCGAUCUACCGAACCUUCGACUCGGGUGUGUCACUGACGGGGCCGUUCUCCCGCGAACUGAUCUCCGUGCUCCCUCCGUCCGUAAAAUUCAUCUGCCAUAACGGCGCGGGCUACGACCAGAUCGAUGUUGCGGCGUGCUCGGCGCGCGGGAUUGCAGUCUCGCACACUCCGGCCGCCGUUGAUGCCGCGACAGCAAACGUCGCCAUGAUGCUGCUGCUCGGGGCGUUGAGGCGCUCCUGGAUCCCAGAGAGCGCGCUGCGCAUGGGACGGUGGAAGGGGGAGAUGCAGCUUGGACGGGAUCCGGAGGGGAAGACGCUUGGUAUACUCGGCAUGGGUGGUAUUGGCAGCGCGGUCGCUCGCCGCGCAAAGGGGUUCGAGAUGAGGGUUGUGUACCAUAAUCGCCGGCCCGCAAGGGAGGAUAACGGCGCGGAGUAUAUCGCCAGUCUCGACGAGUUCUGGGGGUUGUGCGAUAUCAUCUCGAUCCACCUCCCCCUCUCCACCACCACCAAGCACUUCAUCACGCACGCGCAAUUCUCGUUGAUGAAGCGCGGCGUAGUAAUCGUCAAUACAGCACGGGGGGCGAUAAUCGACGAGGAAGCGCUGGUGCAGGCGCUCGAGAGCGGCCAGGUCGGCAGCGCCGGGUUGGACGUGUUCGAGAACGAACCGGAGAUUCAUCCUGCCCUGAUCGGGAAUGCUAAUGUCGUUCUCCUCCCGCAUAUAGGCACUGCGACGGUAGAGACGCAGAGGAAGAUGGAGUGCUUGGUUGUGAGCAAUGUCAGGAGUGCGCUUGAGAAGGGGACGCUGGUUACGCAGGUGCCCGAACAGAGGGAGGGGGGCCAGUUUCCUGUUCUGUAGAUACUGUACAUAUCAGGUACAUAGCAGAGUUAAGCAUUAUUCCGCUAUCUACUCUAGACGAAACAGGUCCGAGCCGUUUGAG